AUGCGCGCCGGGAUCGGAUGCGUCUGCACGAAAAUCGCCGCCGUUCCUGCACGAAUCGCAAAGACCGCAGCCGGGGCCCUAUGUCCCGCAGCACACGAAGGUGCCUCACCUCGCGUGUUCGUUAAGCGUGACGGUGCCGGCGGCGGUGGUGCGAACCGUGACGGCGGUGACGGUGGUGGUGGCGGCGGCGGCGAUGGUGGUGGUGGCGACGGCAGUCAAGGGAACGAUCGGAAGCAACUUAAGGGCGGGGAAUCGGAAUCGAGGACUAGCAGCACGCGCCAGCCACACGCCUCGAGUCCUCCUCGGGCCUCCUCACCUUCGUCCUGGGCUCAAGGAAACACGUACACCUGGGACAGUUGGCAAGCGGGAGACAGGAGGGCCCCGGGAUCGUCUACUAGAACGAGCCUCCUCUCUUCGGGGAACCGACGAAUCGAGUGUCGGCGGCGACGCGCGAUACCAAACGAUUACCAGUCGUGUCGCUCGUUACGAGAUGCGGCCUCGGGAAAGGGCUAA